CUUGACACUGGACGAGGGUAAAUACUUGAGACAUUCGGUGCACAUGACCAGACACGUUAGAACUGUAGUUCAGGUGUGAAUCGGUAUUAUUGUCAGAUUUCAGAAAGAAAAAAAAUACAUCUUUUCGCAAGUAAACAUAAUAGUCUAUCGAAGAUGUUUAUCAUUUUGGUCGUCGUAGUCAUCGUUGUCAGCUCGGUGAAUUCGCAACAGAACGAGCAUUUUGGAAACUCUAACGACUACUAUGGCCAAGUCCAACGUCCAAGCGUACACACCAGAAGCAACCCUAAGUCUGUGGAAAGCCAGAAAGGCUGGAGUGAUCGUCUCGGGAUGGAGGACAGUCGUUUGCUGUAUGCAAAUCAACGUGGCGACGUACAACGGAAAAAUGAUGGGUUGAAAAAAACCGUGGAUACCGCUGUGAACGGCGCCUACGGUCAUCGUUGGAUACAACGAGUGAGGGCGCCGUCUACACCGGUCGACAACGAUGAAAACAACAGGGCCAUCGAUGACAACCGAAGCAAUUACAACGUAAACGCAGACUCCGCCUUUGAGUAUGGCCAUCAUUCACACGACGCCAGGCAAAGCGCCUUGCCUUUGCAACGCCACCACGAUUUAGAGGAAGUAGUAGAACAUAAAAACCAACAACGGUACAGCGAUUACUAUUUUGCCGGCGUCGAGGACCAAACAAAAGUCAAUCGGCCUGAACAAUUCAAUAGUAAAUUCCGUCCUGCAAUGGAAAACGUUAAUGUAUUCACGCAAUCCGACAACGAGGAGAAAUCCAAAUCACCGUCGUCGUUUAAUCACAAAACUAAUGAUAAUAGAAACAAUAUUAUAAACCGGCCCAUCGACAGCAAUACGAACAACGAGCGAGAUGUACUCGAACAUGAAGAGCAAAAGAAAACCAACGCUCAUCGUGCAAACAAGUUAAACGACGAAGAUAAGGAAUGGUCAAAGAAAUUGUUUGGUAAAAACUUUAUUAAUAUGUCAGAAUCUCAAUCGUUACCGCCAAAGUUACCGUCCACACAAAACUGGCAAACAGACCGAACGGUGCAAUUUGAUGAACUCGAAAAAGAUGACAACUCAUCUGGAAACGUCAAAAAAGCGAUUGCUCCAACCGACAAAGAUGUGUUUGUCGACGAAGACGAUGGAAGUUAUUGGGUUGUAACGCCGCCGCCGCCGGUGACGUUUAAAAAGAGAACUGCGCCAUUAAUCAACGAGGAGCGUCCAAAAGAGUCUUGGAAAAGCUAUAGCUUCGACUACGCCGUCAGGGACGACUACAGUGGUGCCAACUUUGGUCAAUGGGAACGCCGUGACCCGAACGGCGGCGGACUUGUCACCGGACAGUAUCGGGUUCAGUUACCGGACGGACGCACACAAACCGUCGCCUAUACCGUUGACCCGGUUACAGGUUACAGGGCUUCGGUUACCUACAAAGGCAUCCAGCACCAUCCCGCUCCAGUGCCACACCCACUGUCCGUUCCCCCUGUGUCGCGGACCUCUGAACGAAAUUCUACUCCUUAGCUGUGUACACUGUGAUUAAUUUCGAGUUUAAAUAAUUUAUUGUUAUCUAUUUUACUUAUUUAUUAUUAGUUAUUUAAUGCUUUUAGUUAUUAGAA